AUGGCUACUUAUGCCACGACCACAAUGACCCUGUGUAUCGUUCGCAGUCUGUCGUGGCUAGCUCCUUCAAAUUACUGUAGCUACAACUGGACAUUGCUACACCAUACAUCCAUGGAAGUGGGCUCGCCCAACAUCGACAAGGCCAUACCUGAAAUCCCGAAGACGCCAGAGAUGCGCAACGACAGUUUCGAUGCCAACAUGCCGUCGGGCGAUGUGGAUCUGACGGGCAGAAAGACGCGAGGCAGUAUCGCCAGCGACAGCUCAGAAGAACCUCUGGACUCUCUCGUCGGCAGUCCCACUUUGCCCUUCCUCGCAUAUGGUCGCAGACGAAGCUCUUUCAUCAGUCCUUUCCAGAUCAACAAAGCUCGCUAUCUCUUGAGUUUCGCCGAUGCCGAAACUGCGCAGGAGUGGUGGACAUUAAUGCAGUCCGAGUAUGCCGAUACCUUGCGCGAAAGCCCCAAUCUUUUCUCGUUCAAGAGCGAUCGUACUCCCAUCAAGGCGUGGGAAAACCCCAAGUUUGCGCAUCUGAGGGACAAAUGGUCAUAUCGUCAGACCGACGGAAAGGACGACAAGACUUCACAUCAGCAACAGGUGUCGUCGCAAAGACGCGUUUCAUCAGCCCGUACGCCUCUCAUGCCUACAUUGAGCGAAGGACAUGUGUUUGGAGGCUUCGAAAGACUCGACGACCCUUUCACCCCAGCAGGCGCAAACAACAUGGAGUUUGCUCAGCUCAAUCUGGCUUCAGAUCAUAUCCAGAAAUCUGUCAGCCAGUCAACCUUGCAACUAGAUGCAUUGCUCGAAGGCCAGCAAGCCAGUGCUAGAGGCUUCCAGAAAUUGUCCGCAACCAUAGAGCGCAUGACCCAACAGAUGGAAGCGCUAGCCCGCAGACAGCAAGACCACGAGAUAGUCCUGCGCGAGCUAACAGCGGCCGCCACGGCAAACAAUGCCGCCAGCGACGUCCAAUACCGACACCAACAGGCUGCCGCUCUGCAAUCCCUGCAAUCCGUGAUUGAAGAAACCUGCUCACGCGUCCAAGAGCUGUACCUCAAACCCNCACCCACCCCAGGUCCAAACCACGAAAUCCUGCACGAACUGCAAGAAGAAGUAUCGCAAACCUUGACACUGCUAAAAGACCUCUACAACCGUCCAUUGCCAGAAAGCGACCCUGCUCAAACAGAAACCCUCCAAAAACUUCAAAAACAACUUUUGCAAAACACAAAAGCCAUUCGCGCAUUGACAGAUCGCCCAGAACCUGCUUCCAACACCGAGACCUUGCAAAAGCUGCACAAGGAAGCAUCACAGACUACAGCCAUCUUGCGCGGAAUCACAGACCGAUUGGCAGCAACAGAGACACCUCCAGCACCAGUAUCAGCGUCAAACACGGAUCUUCUUCAACGACUGCAAAAGGACAUGACAAACAACACGAGCCUCCUACAAACCCUCUCGAGCGAUCAAAAGACGACGAAAAGACACCUCUCAGCUUUAACCUCAACCCUCGACACCACCACUUCGACCCAANAAGCACUUGCCGCACAACUAAAACAAACCCAUACGCUAGCAGAAUCAACCCAAGCCUCAAUUACACAGCUAUCCUCCGUCCAAGAUGCCAAGUUCUCCGCCUUAGAGGCAAAGAUGGACAAGCAGAUGCAGCAGAUGAAGAAGAGCUUUUCAGUGCAAUUGGAGAAACAGCAAGAAAUCUCCAAAGGACAACUGGACGAGAUUCUCGGGGCAGUGAGGGGAAGAAAUGUGGUCAGAACUGCCGAGUGUGGGCACGGAGAGGUUCUGCCACCGCCCAAGAAGAUCGGGAGGAAGAUUGUUGGCUAUGUUUAUGAGAAGGAGUGA